GCGGAUGGAAGCACUAAGUUAUUCGCUGUUCCUAUAAUGAAAUGCCUCCGAGAUUUACGGCUUUAUUUUUAUUGUUUAUUUUUAAAUCCCUCUCGGAUGUAAGAUUGAACUGCUUUUUUCUUUUCUGAAAAGUACAACUCAAGAUUGGGAGCAGGUAAAUGGGAAAUAUGGCAGUUAGGAGCGUCCUUUGAAGUCUUUUCCCUUUUCGUCGCUGGAUUGAUCGUGUAAUUGAUCGCGUGUUUUUGGAAAAGCCUCAUGUUUUCACCGGGUCAAGAGGAGCACUGUGCGCCCACCAAAGAGCCAGUAAAGUACGGCGAACUGGUGGUUUUGGGGUACAAUGGUUCACUCCCCAAUGGAGACAGAGGGCGAAGGAAAAGCCGGUUUGCCCUUUACAAGAGAACCAAAGCCAACGGUGUCAAACCCAGCACUGUACACAUCCUUAACACACCACAAGCCAGCAAGGCGGUGAACUGUAAGGGCCAGCACAGCAUCUCCUACACGCUGUCCAGAAACCAGACGGUGGUGGUGGAGUACAGCCAUGACAAAGACACAGACAUGUUCCAGAUCGGUCGAUCAACGGAGGGCCCAAUUGACUUUGUGGUGACUGACACUGUGUCAGGCGGAGGGGAGAGUGAGGACACACCCAUCACUCAAAGCACCAUCUCCCGCUUUGCCUGCCGGGUGGUGUGUGAACGUAACCCGCCCUACACCGCACGUAUCUACGCUGCAGGCUUUGAUUCUUCCAAGAAUAUAUUUCUCGGAGAGAAGGCAGCCAAAUGGAAGAAUCCGGAUGGCCACAUGGACGGGCUGACGACCAAUGGUGUGCUAGUCAUGCACCCGCGGGGCGGGUUCACAGAGGAGUCCAAGCCUGGUGUGUGGAGGGAGAUAUCAGUGUGUGGAGAUGUUUACACACUGAGAGAAACACGGUCUGCGCAAACGCGAGGCAAACUGGUGGAGAGCGAGAGUAAUGUACUCCAAGAUGGCUCUCUGGUUGACCUUUGUGGAGCCACACUACUCUGGCGCACAGCCGACGGCCUUUUCCACACCCCGACUCAGAAACACCUGGAGGCCUUGCGGCAGGAGCUCAACGCAGCUCGGCCUCAAUGCCCUGUAGGCCUGAACACCCUAGCCUUUCCCAGCAUGCAACGCUGCAGCCGUGCCCUGACCAGCGUCCCCACCCAGGAGGACAAGCAACCCUGGGUCUACCUUGCCUGUGGCCACGUUCACGGCUACCACGACUGGGGCCACCGUUCCGAACGAGACCCCAAUGCUCAAAGAGAGUGUCCCAUGUGUAGAGCUGUGGGCCCGUAUGUCCCUCUCUGGCUCGGAUGCGAACCAGCCUUUUACGUAGACACUGGCGCACCAACGUACGCCUUUGUACCUUGCGGCCACGUGUGCUCUGAAAAGUCAGCCCGCUAUUGGGCGGAGAUUCCGUUACCGCACGGCACCCAUGCUUUCCACGCCGCAUGCCCCUUCUGCGCUACCCAGCUCAAUUUGGCGCAAAAGUGGGCGAAGCUUAUCUUUCAAGGGCCUGUAGACUGAGUUGUAGAGGAGGUGGAUUGGUGCGUAAUUGAAGCGAAAUCCAGUAUGCUGAAGGACAAUUCGUAGAAGGUGUGACUGAGGACCGAUUCAUACCGCAAGCUGUGAAACUGCCCUUGAAAAGCUUAUGCUGGAGAGCAGGUUCUUGCUCAUGGUGAUAGUUGGCGAACAACAGGUGCCCGUCACGAUUUCCGUAGUUGAAUUUAUCUACCGGCCUACAAGAUGUCAAUUCACACCAGCAUUACCACAUCACUCAGGAGAUUUGAUACAUUUCUGGCUUUAGACCCGAGGUGCUUCGUUUGGUUCUUUCUUGGUGAUCAACCUUCCUGUGGAGUUUUGUUGCUUUAAUAAUCCUUCCGGUGCUUUCCAAAGAACUUAAUUAUAUGGUUCUAGAGUGUCGAGUCGGAGCUAAACUGUGCAGGAUGGUCGGAAGACCAGGACUAGGACUGAACAUCCAUUAUUUUAAGUAGUUCAUGUGUGGGAACUUCCAAAGGUCAGGAUCCCAAACUCCACUGAGGGCUUCUACAAGGAUUCACUUGUUGGAGCAGUGAUUUUGGAACUGUAAUACAAAAAUGGGCGUUUCCAAAGAUUAAAAAAUUGUGAUUCCUUAAAUGAAGAACUACCAGUGUAACACUCCUGAAGGAUCUUGCAGGAAUACUAAUCGGCUUUGUUUUCAAAUGGAUCAUGCAUUACAGAAUUACAGCGUUGUGUGUUUUUUUUUUUUUUUUUUUUUUUUUUUUUUUCUUCCCCAUUUUAGCCUAGUCCUCUGUUCACCUACUUCAGUGAUCUCAAGUAUUUAAAACGCAUUUUGAUGAUUUUUUUUUUUUUUUUUCUUCCGGUCUCAAAGGUUAAGGAUUUUAAGCUUUGAUGUAAAGGUAUUUUUAUUCAUACCGGGGUAACCGGUAACAAGAUUAACAAAGGAUGUUGCCAAAUAUUUCUGGAAUGGGACACAGAGUUAGUAACUAAAAUAGUUCCUGGUGUUAUUUUUACCAUUUCUUGAAAACUUUCCCAAAAAUUUCCACUUGUUUAUUUUUCCACCUAUUGAUAUUGGUAUGAAAUCAAAGUAGAUGUGAAAAUUGUGGAUGUUUCUGCAGUCGGCAUCUAAACUUUUCCUAAACGUGGAGAACAAACGAUGGUGGAGGUUCAUGGCGUAAAGGAGCUUUUCUCAUUGGUCAAAAUUCUUCCUAUUUCAACUGUUUUAUAAGCUUAUGAGAUUACUUUUAUUCCACUAUUUUCCUAAUAAAUUUAUACAGAGAUGGUUUCUUAUGCCUAAAAAUGAUUUUAUGGCACGUGAAGAUAUUUUAGGCAUACUGAAGGGGUAUUUUUUUUAAACGCUUGCAUUUUACAGAGCCUUUUUACUCACUGAGAAGUAUUUUACUACACCAUAGCCCAUGUACAGUUUGUUUUAAAACAGAUACUAAUAUAUUUAUUCAAAUAUGUACUUUAGUGUGUGGUAGGUGUCUGUAUGAAUGUAUCACUCUGAACAGCAACAUCCGGUCAUCACUCAUUUAUAAGUGCAUGCUGCAUCUGGAUGCUUAACCUGUGAACAGUCCGUAGUCAUAUUUCUUUUGUUGAUGCUCAAGCUUUUGACCCAUCUUCUGGUUACGCUUGUGUUUGCAAAAUAACCCAAUGUUCCUCCCGCACUCCACGACCCAAUAUGAAAUGUUAAAGGAACACUGUAAACUGUCACAUUGGAUUUCAUUUGUAGAUGAUUUAAUGAAAUGUUCUGUUGUCUCUCUUUUUUGUUUUCUUUCUUGUGGCGUAAACACCUUGUGUGAUUAUACAUUUAGAGAGAGGUUCUGUAGAAGAUACUGUGUUUUCUUGAAACAUAACAUAUCAAAAAGCAAAAUGAACUCUGGAUGGAGAGUAUAUUUACUUAAGCAAAGCUACUGUUCAUUAACAAUGAUGCUGAUGUGAGGCUCUUCCAUAUGACGUUAACUAAAAUAAGGCCAAACUUUUUUUUGUUUUUUGUUUUUUUUCUCCCAAUGCCAAAAAGGAUUUUGUGAAAAAGCUUCUUUGUAUUUUGUCCUGUUGAAUUCCAGGGAGCACAACACAUGUGUAAACAAUUGUAAAUUUCGGUUGUGCAAAAUUAGGCACAAUAAACAUUACACUACAA